AUGAACUCCAAACACUUCUUCAUUUGCCUCCUGACGUUUGCCAACGCUCUGGCCACAGAGCUGAUGCCAAAGCAAACCACCUCGUUAAGUGAGUAACUCAAAGGAAGACAGAGUCAAUAUCUGUGCACUAGGGGAGAAGUUGAAAGGGUGCCUCAAAGGAGAUGAGCAAGAUUUGGGAUGGGAAAGGUUAACAGUGGGCUGUGAGUGUAUUCAUUGGUAGAAAUAAACUAUCAUACCUCAUCUAGUCCUGUGCUAACAUUCAGAAUUGGUGGAUCAUGCACAUCUGGGUGGGAGAGCAGGAUCACAUCCAUCUGCUCCUGAUGUUUGUCAUCUGUGGAUUCUUAGCACGUGCACAGGACUAGAAACUUGAGACUGUUGAGUAUUUGCACUGUAUGCAUAUGCCUUCUGCACCCACCAUUGUGCAUGUGAGGAUGUCCCUUUCAAAAUGGCACCAGACUCUGCGCUAUGCUGGGCACACUGGGCCCAUGUUGGGGACAGAGUUGCUACAUAUUCACACACACCACCCAAUGAUCCAUCCUGUAAUACACCCUCACUGGUCAUGGUACAAAAGGGACACACUGACUUUGCCUCUGAGGAGCAGGAAGCGAAAAAGCUGAGCACCAUUGAGCACUGGAAACCAGGACUGGCUACCAAACGCUUGCUGAAAAUGUACCUAGCCUUACUCUCUUUUUUUUAUCCUCAGGGGACCCUAGACGAAAGAUUUUCCCAUUCAUGCAAAAAGGGGUUCAGAAUUGGGACACUUUCCUACUGAGCAAAAACAAGAAAACUCUCUAUGUGGGUGCCAGAGACACUAUCCUCGCUCUUGACAUUCGCACGGAUACCACCAUCAGGGUGAAACAUGAGGUGAGUGGGAAAUGGGGUUUCAGGAUAUGAAGUGCUGGAGAAAGUGAGAGGAAAGGUCUGGAGUGGUGUUCUGAUGAGGGUGCUCACCCACAUUAUUCAAGAUGACAACCUAUUCAACCCUGCUCCCUGUUUUGUGGGAGAUACUGAGGACCCUUUAAAAAAUGUUUCUAUGUGUGCACUGGUGUUCAUCAUGUUUCAGCCCUUCCUGCCCCAAGACCGCAUUACUUCCUAGUUUUAUCAAACCACUGUUUGCCAUUAGACACCCCAACCAGGAAACUAUGGCUUGCACCAGGUUUGAAGGGUAAGCAGCAGCUUAAUGUUGGUUAAAGUCCUGGUUCAAUGUAGGUAAAUAAAUCAUCAUGUUUUUGGUUCGUUUUAAUGGCUUUUUACUUAGGAUUCUGGGUGCAGCCUUCCUGGGGGGCGGGGGGAGGUUUUGUUUAAUUAACCCAAUUUGCCACCUGUGUGGCAUGUCUGUUGCAGGAUUACAUCAAGGUCACAAGAGAUUGUGCAGAAAUCCAUUUAGUAGCUGCAAGGUCUUCCACCAUGGGCAUCCUCUAGUGCUGAGAAAAUAAGCCCUGAUUGGGGGGGCCACUAGGGGCGCAUUGGAAGAUGGCCGACAAUACCAUCUCUCCGGCCCACAUGAGGUAAUUAAGAGGCUGUUAUGGGAGUAUGCAGCCUCCCUUGUUGCCCCAAAGGAAUGGGGAACACUGCCCUUGCCUGCUGUGCCCAUAAAUCACCCCCGGAUUCAAAAGAAGGGGGUGAGGGCACUAGGCAGAAUGCCCUUGUGUGGACUCCAGUUCUCCUGGACGCUGUCUCUGAUCGCGCCACUAGCUGCAGCAACAUGAAAUAAACAAUUAGGAAGAAGCAAAUGCACACCACAACAACAACAACAACAACAAAGACUUUAUUUGCGUAGCCAACAGGCCAUAGCAUCAAUAGACAAACACCGACAAAAAUACAUUACAAAUAUAAUUACCGUAUAAUCUUAUGGCCUAUUAAAACCCUAGGUAAAAGCUGGAUUAUCAUUCAUCAAUGACCCUCUGUCCCAUGGGCGGCGGCCUUUUCUCUGGUAGAUUGUUCCAGAUCGGUUAAGUAAACAGACCAGCCAAAUUGAAAGAUUAUAAAUAUAAAUGGUCAGGACAGGAAGAGAGAUAAUAAUAACCAGAUGCAGAUAAGUUAAUACUGAGGGCGAUCUGGCUGCGACAUCUGUCACCCCAUUGAUCGCCAGGGUUGAUUCGGCUGAUCUGGCUGGCUAGGCGGGUGUCCCCUUCCUCCCUCACUGCUCCAUGUGCAUCCCUCCCGAAGCUGCGCGCUAGGUGGAAGAGGACGACCAUCCCAGAUAGAAGGAGUGUACCGUUCUUCGGUCAAGGGUAUACAAUAGCACAUAUUUCAAGUGAAGAAUGGGGAGUAAAGACUGCUAAUAGAAGGGACCUCUGCGAAAGAAGAGCGUCGGGUUGGAUCAACAGGAAUAUAUCAUGAGAAGAUUCAUCAAAGGCUGGUAUGUCGGCAGCGGGACUGGAUGGGGGGGAACUUUUCUUUCUUUCUUCUAUGUGAUUACCCAAUAACCCCCCCUCACAAGACAGAACCAUCGCUUAAAGGACCUAAGCUGGAUGAUUUAAGACUGUGUGGAAAUGAAUUCUAACCAAAAGCAUGUUUUAUGGAGAUCAAGAAAAGUACAAGAGCUUUUGGGAUGACGCAGCAAAAAAUAGCGUCGCCAUGUUGGCAAGUUCUGUCGAAAGAUUUACGACCGGGAGGAGGAAUGGAUUUGUUUUCAUACUGCUGGCGAACCUCCUCAGAGGGCUAAGAAAGGCGACAGAUUUAUGAAGAUUAAUGAUGGUAAGAGUGUUUUUGUCUAUGGAAGCGAUGAUAUACGGAAACCAUCUGGAUAUGACUCUUGGACGAACGGAAAAAUUCACACAGGAUUACAAUUUGUUUUGACCCGCUUAUGGAGACUAUCAGAGGUCACAAAGAGAAAGGAAAAAUAUAUGAAAAUAACAAGAUGAGAGGUGGAAAACAACAAGAAAGGACAUUAUUAUGAAUAUUAUUUGGACAGAUUUGUGGACAUUAAAGCAGCAGCAAGAAAAUGAUUGGAUCCCCUUCGGAACUUGAAAUAUGGGUACCCCCAACAAAAAUUUAAAAUUCGGCUUUGUAAUUUGGAAUUUAUGUGAUGUGAUUUGAUUUGAUUGGUCGGUUAAUAAAAAUUAUUUAAAAGAAAGAAAGAAAGAAAGAAAAUAAGCCCUGAUUGGCUGAAGGAAAUCUACUCUCCCUUUUGUAGAAAAGCUGGCCUUUGGCCUGGGUCUAAUGGCCCCUGAUAAAGGUUUGUGCGAUGCAACAUCCACAGAUGCCUCAAUACAGUUUACUGGUGGGGUCUGUAACUCUAAUGGUUGGAAUUAGGUGUGGCCAGCUAACUUUUGGACUUUACCCAAAUCCUGAAAGGUGUUUUUACACUGUUAGUCUUUCUUAACUGUCUUUUUAUGGUAAAGGGUUUAUUUUUGCUUUGUAACCUCUUUAAUAGUUAAUUUGUAUUUAUUUCCUUGCAUGGCCCCAUUAGCAGAAAGCAAGAGGGGAGAUGAGGGGGCAGCACAGCAGCGACAGGGAAGCAAUUAAAGUUUACAAUUAAAGUGAACCCACCUAAUCUGCACUUCCCCAAGCUGGAACACAGCUUUCCUUCAAAACUUGCACUUCUCAGAAUUUUGCAGUGCCGUUCUCCAUCUAAACUUCAAAGAAAGUGUGUAUCAAGGAAAUGGUGCACAAAAAUUUACGUUACUUAAAACAUGCAAAAAUGUAAAUAUUGGGUAAAAAAAAAAACCUUCAGAAAGAAAAGCACAAACUGAUGCAGAAAUGUGGAGAGUUGAACUUCAGAUUCAAAAUGAGAAACCAAAAUGGAUGAAUAAUUCCAUCCCUAUAUCCUGCAAGAAGCAGACGGCUCAGUCACAUGGCUCCAUAACCAUGAUUUGGCAUUUUGUCUCAAGCAAGUCAGUGCUUUAUCAAGGACCAGAGUUUAGAGACUGUUGACAGAUGCAGCCUUGCUUAUUUAUUUGCUUAUUUAAUGCAUUUCUAAAUUACCGGAUGUUUGAAAAUCUCUUGAGCAAUUUAUAAAAAUAUAACACAAAACCGUUAAAACUAUAUUUAUAAAAACAGAAAUUUAGUCUUGACUUUCAUCUUCCUAUUUGCAAAAUAACUCUGCAGGUGAAUCCCAGUAAGGCUGAACAUAUGCAGUCUGACUAUUUCCCCCUUCUUUUGUUUCUCCUCCUCUAAAAUGCCCUUCUUCCCCUUUUCCUGCAAUAGAUACAGUGGAGUCCCACGGCUGAUAAAAAGGAUAACUGUGCCUUGAAGGUGAAAAACAAAGAGGUAAUGCAGUGGGGAUAGAGGAAGUGCUGCCUCCCAGUUUAGGAAUGUGGUGCGCACCUGUGUGCAUUUCUCUUUCCUUUUGCUGGUUUGAAUGCCCACCUCCACUCCGAAGCUGCUACCUGACCUGUGCGUGGGAGGUGGGGGGUGGGGUGGGGUGGAGAUAGAAACUCAGCUGCAUGAACACAGGCAACAUAAGAACCACAGGCGAUCCUCUUUCAAAUUGCUGAGAAAUAAUACCAGUAUAUCCUGAACUAUCUUAUGCACAGGGAUGCAGGUGGCGCUGUGGGUUAAACCACCGUGCCGCUUGGGCUUGCCAAUUGAAAGGUUGGUUCUAACAAAACACCAUUAUGACCAGUCUGCAGAAUUAUCUAGUGGCACCACUGCUUAUUUUGACUAAAUAAAUCUGUUAUCCUUUAACCCCUUCAAGAACUAUUAUUAUUACGGUAUGUGCUUGCAUGCAGGAAAGGGGCCGGGUUUUCAUGCAUUCUUGGUUGCUAUUUAACAACCACCCAGUGGAAAUCUUCUUUGGGAUGCAAACGUAACUGGAAGUCUCAUAAUCUGGGGAACCGGGUUCGCGUCUCCGCUCCUCCACAUGCAGCUGCUGGGUGACCUUGGGCCAGUCACACUUCUUUGAAGUCUCUCAGCCCCACUCACCUCACAGAGUGUUUGUUGUGGGGGAGGAAGGGAAAGGAAAAUGUUAGCUGCUUUGAGACUCCUUAAAAGGGAGUGAAAGGCGGGAUAUCAAAUCCAAACUCUUCUUCUUCUUCUGGAAGUUCAAUCCUGAUUUUCUCACCUUCAUCUCCACAGAGGGAAUGCUUCAAUUUCAUCCGUGUCCUGGUGCAACUGAACGACACACACCUUUACACCUGCGGGACGUAUGCUUUCAGUCCCACCUGCGCUUACGUUGUGAGUUCUUAGGGGAGAGAGGAAGGGGGGUCCCUUUAUAAGGCUAGCAACUUGAAGCUGGGCUUUCAGUGUGGCUGGCCCUGUUCUACGGGACAACAUUCCCGCUGAGAAUCAACAGGCGCCCACAAUCUGUGCUUCCUUUCGACUAUAAACAGCUCCAUGGGGAUGCUUGGUUUCUGAAGGACACCUUCCCAUCGAUUUUGCUUCUUUUGACCUUUCUCCUUUUCCUUCCCUUGCCUUGCUAGGAUCUAACAACAUUCAGUCUGGUGAAAGACGCAGAAGGCAAGCCCCUCCUCCUGCAAGGGAAGGGUGUCUCUCCCUAUAGCCCUUACUAUGGGAACACCGCAAUCCUCGUUGGUGAGCCACCUGGAAGGGGAGGGGUUCCACUUCCUUGGAAGUCAAAAGUUUGCACCAUCCUAUUGUCUGCUUUGGCAUUCCAUAGAAAGCAUAGGGACACAGGUGGCACUUUGGUCUAAACCACCAAGCCUAGAGCUUGCCAAUCGAAUCCCCACAACGGGGUGAGCUCCCGUUGCUCGGUUCCUGCCAACCUAGCAGUUCGAAAGCACACCAAAAAGUGCAAGUAGAUAAAUAGGUAUCGUUCCGGCGGGAAGGUAAACAGCGUUUCCGUGCGCUGCUCUGGUUCACCAGAAGCGGCUUAGUCAUGCUGGCCACAUGACCCGGAAGCUGUCUACAGACAAACGCCAGCUCCCUCAGCCUAUAGAGCAAGAUGAGUGCCGCAACCCCAGAGUCAUUUGCGACUGGACUUAACUGUCAGGGGUCCUUUACCUUUACCUAUUGCCUGCUUCUGCAUUCCAUAGAGGAAGACAGAGGUCUGUUAAAACAUCCACAGUUCUCAUGCCAUACCCUCCAACAAGUCAACAGUAAAAUCCGGGACACGAUCUUCCCAACUGCCACCUUCUCUUCUUUUUUUUCUCAUGAGAGAAUGGCAGCCAUUUUUACGCCAUGAUCUCACGUGAUUUCACGCCGUGAUUUCCCCCUUUAAAAGCUCUUUUCUUGGGUGAGGCGCCCAAAAGGGCAGGCCCCUUUAAUUCCUUGCCAAAGGCUGUGCUCCUUUCUAGAUGAUUUGAACUGCAACUCCUAUCAGCUGUGCUGGCUGGGGUCGAUGAGAAUUAUAGUCCAAAUCAUUCAGAGAACAUCCGUCUAGGGAGGAUUACAGCCUGUCCCCUGCCUGUAUUUCCUCUUGUUGAAAGAUGGACAACAUGUCACCCUGCAGUGUGAUUAAAAUAUACCCCAGGCACUGCAAUGUGUGAAGCAGUUUGAUGAACAGUGCAUAGAUUCAUGCAGCCGCCUUUCCCUGGGGAAUAUAACUUGUAGGGGUCCUGGGGAGGGAGAUGAGCAAUCUUAGGAAAGUACCCUGAUUUACAAGAUAUUUAGCAAGGUAUCUACAAGGCAAAAUUAGGGGCAGUCAGGGCCGGCCCACCCACAAGGCAAGCAACCGCCUCAAGCAGCAGCAUCCACAGGAACAGCAAGGAAUGUAUUGCCAGCUGCAGCAGCAAUGUGCUCCUUGGAGGCCAGAUCUGUCACUGCCCCCCCUUCCCAUGCCACCUCGACAGCAGCCUCUUGGUGAAUAGGAGGCACUGCUGACGGGGGCUGCCCGUUGAAGUCGCCUGGGCUAUGUGCCCAUGCCCACCUGGCACGAUUCAGAGCGGCCUUUGAUUCCCGGCUCAACUAUCAGGUAAGGUUGAUUUGAUUCUCCCUACCUUUGUUCCUGAUGGACAUCUUAACUCACCUUCUUCUUCCCUGGUGGGGAACGUGCACCAUUUUGCAGUUUGCCUCAGGUGCAAAAACAUAUUGAACUGGCCCUGUGGGCAGUGAAUUAUAAGCACUCGAGAAAACGGGCUGAAGGGGAAGGAGGAGUCACCUUCUCUCCUGCCUUUACCCUGCAGAUGGCGAACUUUACACUGCCACCCAGGAAAAUGUUCCAGGGAAUGAGCCCAUCAUCACUCGAACCCUGGGCAGUAGUUCAGUUUUGAAGAAUGAGCACUGGAUGACUGGUAAGGGCAGAUGCUGAGGGAGCGGGGAAGGGCCUUAGAAACUAAAUCAGAUCUCACAUCUGGCAGUUUUCUUCCCCUCCCCUCCCCUCCCCAGGUGAUGCAACAUUCGUGGCCUCCUUCAACAUCCCAGCCCCCCCAAAUGACGACAAAGUCUAUUUUUUCUUUUGGGAAACAGCAAAGGAGUAUGACUUCUUUGAGAAAGUCAUCAUCUCCAGGGUUGCUCGCAUCUGCAAGGUGAGCUGCCUCCAAAAUCAAGGAAGCUUUUGAGCAGGAACUUUUUUUCAGUGCUGUGAGCAUGUGCAGAGGUUGGAUGGUCUUCUGUCCUGGAUGCUUUAGCUGAGGUUCCCGCAUUGCAGGGGGUUGGACUAGAUGAGCCUUGGGGUCCCUUCCAACUCUACAAUUUUCUGAUUCUGUGACACUGGGUUGGUGCGGAACACGACCAGUCUUCAUCGUAGCUCAGCUUCCCUUUUAUAAAAUCCUCCAAGGCAGCUUACAAGCUUGCUAAACUCAAGACUGAAAUGUACAGCACCGCAUGAUGAAACAGUAAGCAACAAAGCAAACCAUAAAAUUAAUAGGAUGAAUAAAGAAAAGCAGCAAUCAGAUUAUCUCAAAAGAGCUGUCAGAGAAUGCCUGGGGCUGCUCCUUAAAAGGACUAUGCCUACCAAUCUGAUUUGUCAGUGAUGUUUGCUUUCCCAUCCUCUACAGAAUGAUGUCGGAGGAAAAGCGUUGCUGCAGAAGAAAUGGACCACCUUUCUGAAAGCACAUCUUUCCUGCUCCCAGAAAGGGCAGUUUCCUUAUACUGUCAUUCAACACGUGUUUGCUGUUCCACAUCCAGGAGGCGGUGCAUUUUUCUAUGGGGUCUUCGUUCCUCAAUGGUAAGGCUGUGAGAAUCCUUAGUAGCCGGAGCAGGGGAAGAAUAUUAGCCACUCAGCACAAUGGGGGAUAGGAUUUGGUUCAGUUCCCUUUUUUUAAUGGGUCCCUACCUAGUUUUGCAUAUUCCCAAACAAUAAAUGAACUGAAACACAAGUACCCUAGGAAAUUUGCACUGUUGUGAAGCUGUUCGCAUGCAAAAAUGCAUAUGAUGAGAAAAGCAACAUACACAAUGAAAAAUAUGAAGCAAAACUUCUUGAAAACAUGUGUCUCUUAGGGGAAAUAAGCACUCAAUGCUGACCAUGUUUCUGUGGACUUAUUUGAGAAAAGAUUCACAAACCAAUGUAGAAAUGUGACAAGCUGAACUUAAAAUUGGAAAAGUGAGAAAUCGAAAUAUGCAAAUUUAUCCAUCCCUACCUUGGAAUUUGUUUUGGGUCCCACAGUGUGCUAAAUACUGGUGAAGUAAAUUGACUCCAAGCAUAUGCAGAGUGCCUUUUCCUUCUAGUGGUGCGGCUGGUUUGUACAUCUCUUUGUAGGCAGGUGGGAGGUUUCUGGAGCUCAGCAGUCUGCGCCUUCGACCUUAAUGCUAUCAACAAAGUCUUUGAUAAUGGGAGAUACAAAGAAUUACACAAGAACUGCUCCCGAUGGCUGCCCUAUGAAUGGGAGGCCAUGGAUCCUCGCCCUGGCUCGGUAAGUACCGCUUUUAGCCCUCUGCUUGGAAGUGUGCAAUGCCCAGCUGAAUACUGCUUCUGGUGAGGAUACUGAGCAGGCACCCCAACUCUAGGGGGCCAAGUUGUCUUCAGCCCCUUGAAUAUUUGUUGGAAUGGGGUUGGUAUGUGGGUGUGACGUCACAAGUGUCGUGCGUCACAGCAUCAGCGGUUGGCUCCUUCAGAGCCCUCAGCCUCCUCUAGAUGGUGCAACAUCGCAUCACGCAUGUCCAAUGCACACCAGGGGCGCCUCUGAUACUGAGAAAUGCUUCUUCUUUCUAAUUUAACCCCAGAUUUUGAAGUUGUCUUUCUGAAGUGGAAUCAAAUUCAAAUUAUUUUUGAAUGUUUUUGCAAGUUCCUGUGUAAUUGCUUUGGCUGUCAGUUCCUUCUGUUAAUUUGUGUCCUUUUGCACUGAUGGAAAUAAGCUGUUGAGAGGUGAUUGCACAUGCCUGUUGGAAUCAGGGAACGCGGGUUCUCAGGGAUGCUAUGUAUAGUCUGACAUCAAGUCUUAAAGCAAACCUAUGUCCUUAGGCUGUCCUGCCAGAAGAUUAGCAUCUCCAGUGUUUCCUGUAGUUCUGUUCUGCCAGCUGCUCUAAAGGGUUCUGGAACCCUUUGUAGAUCUCCCUUGAAAUAAGUGUGUCCUUAGCUCCUGAAAUGAAUGGUUGCCCCACAAACAGUUCAGUUUCUCCUCUAGGGAGGCUGUGUGUCUUUACAAAACAUGGAGCCAAAAUUAAAAUGGUGCUUCUCGGAUGGAUGAGACAGCCACUAAACACACCCUACUUAACUGGCUGCUCACGCUGAACAUCACACUCACCCUGUGCCAUGCAAGACUCUGAAUAUUUACCAGAACGGGCUUAAGUCACGGAUAAAAACUGGAAGAGAACAGUAUGGAGGACUGUUAAGUGUGUUAGUCACAUCUUCAUGCCUUGGGUGAAUAGGGGAACAGAGGUCCUCCUUGAAGGCUUCCCAUAGGAGCAUGUUGGCCUCUGUGAGAGCAGGAUGCUAGGCUAGAUGGGUCUCAGCCUGAUCCAAUGGGCCUCUUUUUCUGUUCCCCCUUCAGUGUUCUGUCAGCCCGUCAUCAGACAAAACCCUUGUUUUCAUGAAAGAUCAUUAUAUGAUGGAUCAGACGAUUCGGCCACUCUAUAACCAGCCCGUGUUUGUGAAGCUCAAUGUGAAAAACACCCGGAUUACAGUACACCAAACUGAGAACAUCUUGGGAAUUCCCUAUACCAUACUGUUUCUUGGGACAGGUAUGGAUGUUGUUUUUUCCUGCCCUGGAGGUCGAGAUUAAGACAUUUGCUCAGUAACCUUAUUCCUUUGACCCAGCAAGGGCUUACAACACAGGUUGCAACAUUUAACCCAGGCUUCCUCAACCUCGGCCCUCCAGAUGUUUUUGGCCUACAACUCCCAUGAUCCCUAGCUAGCAGGACCAGUGGUCAGGGUUGAUGGUAAUUGUCGUCUCAAAACAUCUGGAGGGCCGAGUCUGAGGAAGCCUGGUUUAGCCAGAUAAUGAGCAAGCAAGACUGACUCAAUCAUGAAUCUUUUGAUUUUGAAAAGUCUCAGAAGCGGCCUGUGUGUCAAAUUCAUUGCACCAAAAGUAGCCAGAUAAUGGUUAGAUAAUGCUAAUGGUUCUCCCGGUAGAGGCCAGGAAAGCUGCUUGCUGGGAUUGUAGAGCUCUUUCCUCACCCCUCUUAGUUCUCUCUGCUUAGCAGCUGAUUUACCCUUGGAGUUAGGAUGGGGAGCUCUAGGGAACGUAUUCACUUUUCCUCCUAGGACUUACCUGGAGCAGAUCUACACUCAUGGUUUUUAAUGUUAAUGAAGGGUUAAAGAAUGGUUCUGAUAACUAUAUGGACGCAUGAUGUCCUACAGUCGUACCUUGGUUGUUGAACACCUUGGUACUCGGAUGUUUUGGCUCCCAAACGCCACAAACCGAACGUCCGAUGUAGCUUCCACGGCUUCUGAUUUAGUGCAGGAAGCUCCUGCAGCCAAUCGGAAGCCACGCCUUGGUUUUCGAACCAUUUUGGGAGUUGAAUGGACUUCCGGAACAGAUUAAGUUCAACAACCAAGGUACGACUGUACUUUUAAUGUUCAUAAUGUGUUAUUAAAAUGUGAUACCAGAGGGCACUGCAGAACAACCGGGAGAAGGGAGACUGUGGUUUGACGAAAGAAACAAAUGAAAUGUUUAAUACAGUCGUACCCUGGAAGUUGAACGGAAUCCGUUCCGGAAGUCCGUUUGACUUCCAAAACAUUAGAAAACCAAAUCGUGACUUCUCAUUGGCUGCAGGAAGUCCCUGCAAUCAAUCGGAACCCUUGGAACCCGCGUCGGACGUUCAGGUUCCAAAAGAACAUUUGCAAACCAGAACAAUCACUUCCAGGUUUGCGGCGUUCAGGAGCCAAAACAUCCAAGUUCCAGGGCGUUCAGGAUCCAAGGUACAACUGUACCAUUUUAAUAAUGUUAAACAGGUCGGUGUAGAUCCAGCCUUGGUCAACCAGUCAAUUAAAGAGUUGCGGCUCUGAAAGUGGAAGUGCACAUUUAAACUAUGGCACUUGCACCUGCAGGAGACACGGGAGGCCGCCAGCUUGGAUGGCUUUACAAAAGGAUUAGACAAAUUCAUGGAGGAUGAUGCUAUCAGUCUAGCCACGAUGGCCCUGCUCUGCCUCCGCAGUCGGAAGCAGCAAUGCUUCUGAAUUUCCAUUGCUGGAAACCACAAGGGGAAGAGGGCUUGCUCAGAUCCUGCCUGCCAAUUUCCCACAGGCAUCUGGUUGGUUACUGUGAGAACAGGAUGCUGGACUAGAUGGGUCAUUAGCCCAAUCAAGUAGGCUCUUCUUGUGUUCUUAAGUGCGGAUGGACUGCACAAGAGGGAGAAACGUCAGCUCCCAUCCACUUGAUAGUGACAGGCCCGGGUUUCAACAAACUGUUCUGCUACUACCAUAUCAAAUUUCAGACCCUAUAUCUUUGCUUGGUUUUCCACAGACCAGGGAGCCAUUCACAAAGUGGUGGUCGUCGGCAGCGAUGCUCACAUUAUUGAGGAGAUCCAGCUGUUUGAGAAGCCAGAGGCAGUCCAAAACCUGCUGCUCUCACCUGAAAAGGUGGGCAGACUCUGUUGGAUAGGAACAGGAGCUGCAAGCUUGUAAAGGGGCCUUAGCUUAAGGUUACCAGACGUCCUCGUUUCCCGGGGACGGUCCCCGGAUUUACAAAUCAGCCCCCAUACAAAAUCCGUUGAAGCUGAAGAGUGUCCCCGGAUUCAUUGAAAAAAUAUCUGGUAACCUUACCUUAGUUUAGAGGCUGAGUCUCAAGAACGUUUCCUGUCUGAAACCCUGGAAAGCUGCUAGGCAACAAGGAGCUAGAUGAAGCCUGUAGUUUGAUGUGGAAUAAGGCAGUUUCUUACUUAAACUUGUUCUUUAUUCAAGACCACAUGAACUAGAACCGUACUUUAUUUUAAGGAGAAGGGCCACAGCUCAGUAAUCGAGCAGAUGCUUCAUGUGUAGAAGGUCCCAAGUUCAAUCCUCAGCUAGAAAAAGACUGAAACCCUGGAGAGCCACAAUUAAAUAUAAAACCAGAAAAUAAAGAAACUUUGCAGGCAAUCAAAUUAUCACAAGCACAAUUCUCAAUCGGUGGGUAUUAUUUGGGGUGAAUGAGGCACUGGCAUUUUUAUUUAACUACAUUUUAGAUCGUUUUUAAGGCCAGGGCCCAUCGCUGCACCUUCUGGCAAUAAGUCCUACAAGUUAAUUACAGUAGUACCUCUGGUUACAGACGCUUCAGGUUACAGACUCCGCUAACCCAGAAAUAGUAUCUCGGGUUAAGAACUUUGCUUCAGGAUGAGAACAGAAAUCGUGCUCCUGCGGCGUGGCAGCAGCAGGAGGUCCCAUUAGCGAAAGUGGUGCUUCAGGUUAAGAACGGACCUCUGGAACGAAUUAAGUACUUAACCCGAGGUACCACUGUAUACACAAUGUAAGGAAGGUCUUCCUUUCUCCUGCCCUCCUAAUACUGUAGUAACAAAAUAUUUCUGUUUGUGCAUUCUUAGGGGAUCCUUUAUGUGGGGUAUUCCAAAGGAAUUGUACAAGUCCCAUUGGCCAACUGUGGCAUUCACAAAACCUGUCCUGACUGCAUUUUAGCACGAGAUCCUUACUGUGCCUGGGAUGGAAGGAAAUGCAGUGAUAACUGGAAUAACAAAUACAAAAGGUGGGUGUUUGCAGGCUAGAGAAAAGUCUGUGAAAGCACAUAGCAGAUGAAAGGGUGAAUAUAUGGGGGGGAUGGGGGGGUUGGUAUGAUUCACAUUUUAAUGCAAACCUACCUUAUGUGCACGUCAGUUCACAAUGUAAGUUGAAAGCCAUCUUUCAAAAUGCACACUUCUCCAGAUUUUGCAGUUUUUCAAACUGCACAAAAAUGCUUAUAUCAGUGGAAAUAAUGCAAUGCCUUAAAGUACUGCCCUGAGACCUCUGGGUAUAGGGCGGGAUAUAAAUUCAAUAAAUAAUAAUAGUAAUAAUAAGUAGGGUCAUUUUUGCAAAAAUGCACCUGUUUCAGGCAACUGCAUAAAAACAUUUUAAUGUUGGGCGAAAUGCACUUGGAGCCAUAUUAAUUUCAUAUGGACCCUAAGAUUGGAAAGACCCAAAGACAGAUUACUCUAUCCCUGCUUCUUACUAUGUUCCAGCAUGGCAGGAAAGAGUAACUUUAAGCAAGAUGUUGAGACCGGAAACUCAGGCCUUUCGUGCAUGCGCAGCAGUGGGAAGAGCAGAGCCUCCUCCAGGCCAAUCACCUUGAUUGCCGUAGUGGCCGUCGUUUUCUUCUGCUACCCAGACACAGUGAAAGUGAAAAGCAAAGUACAGGGGUGCAGGAGGCCCCUCAAAGCCAAUAAAACAUCCAAGCAAGAGAAAGUCCUGUUCAAUGGCAGCCAGAGCAUUCUGCAAGUGGACCUUGCCAGAAAACUGCUGACAACUCCAACAUCUGCUUUGUCAACGUUCUCUGUUCAGGCUAUCAGGGCUGACAAAAGCUGCUUGGACUUUGGCCUGCCAAACAAGGAUGACUCUAGAGGAGCCGUGGCAGCGGAGGGGAUCUAGCCUGGCCUACCUGAUUCCUCACCAGCUGUUGCAGGGAACAACCUUUCGUGAUCUCACCAGCUCACACAGGCAACCUAGCAAGAACAAAAGUAUUGUCACAACUGUGAUGCUAUUACAAAAUGCCACCAGAAAAAAGGGUGUUACCUCUGAUUGCAUUUCUUUCCCACCUAGUUCUGUCUGUACAAUGCCAUGUAAAUGCAGGACCUAGCACCAGACAACUGGCCAAAUCCUUCCUACGCUUUCAGGUUCCCAUCCCUACCUCCAUAGACAGGAUCCUGGGAAGAGUCCCCAUACUCACAGCCAAAUCCAUAAGUCUCUCUCUUUGGUAAGAAAUGCUUACCAAAAUUUAGAAGACAGACUCCCCUUGCCCAUCUCUGAUCUACAGAGCUGUCCAGUUUGGAGUGAAGGCCAGUGUUGGAUGUGGUAGUUGGGUCAGGGCUGUUUAUUUGGCCUUGCUCAAUGUUUUCACACUGAGAUGCAACCGCCUAGAUGUACCGUAUUUUUCGCCCGAUAGGACGCACUUUUUCCCCUCCAAAAAUGAAGGGGAAAUGUGUGUGCGUCCUAUGGGGCGAAUGCAGGCUUUGCGGACCUCUCUGCAAGCAGCGGGAGAGCUCCCGCUGCUUGCGGGGAGUUGCCUGCAUGCUGAAGCCUGUGCGCGCUGAGCUCAGCGCGUCCAAGCUUCGCGGACCUCUCAGCAAGCAGCGGGAGCCAGCGCUGGGCUCCCACGGCUUGCAGAGAGCUGCCUCUUUGGGAGCUGGGGUCGGGGGAAGCUCGGGCUUCCCCGCCCCAUCCCCGCGCCUGGGGGGAAAAUAAUUUUUUCCCCUUUAUUUCCCCCCCAAAAAACUAGGUGCGCCUUAUGGGACGGUGCGUCCUAUAGGGCGAAAAAUACGGUAAUUCAUCCUAGAAGACUGCCAGAGAAAGGGAGGCUACAGAAGAAUGGGCCUGAUUCGAGGGAGGCAGAUCUUAAAAUAGAUUUCCUAUGUAGAAGGGGCAGCCCAACCUAUUUACACCAGGAAGAUGUUGAGAGUGGAAGAAUGGGAUACUGAAAGGCCUGACCCACGGGGUAGGAUCACUUCUGUGCAAGGUUCCCUAAACAUGGACCCCAUGCAUUAUUACAGUGGAGGUGUGGAUCCCAGUUUUCCUUUUUGACAGAGCCUGCGCUGCAUUAUGGCUCAGGUGAUCUUGGGCCCUUCUAUUAUGGGCUUGAGAUAUUUGGUAGGUGGGAGAGGCGUCUUUUAGCGUGUGCUUUAAAACAGGGCAAGCUGCUUUAUACUGAGAAUGGGCCACUGGAUCUAGCUCAGUAUUGUCAGCACUGACUAGCAAUGGCUGUCUUAGGGUAUCAGUCAGGGGGCAUUCCCAGUCCGACCUUGAGAUGUCAGGCCUUGAACUUGGGAUUGUCUGGUCUACCACUGUUCUAUGGGUCUUCGGCUUAUACCUAUCUAAAGAGUUCUUCCAAUCACUUUACAAGCAUGCUAGAAGCAAAAACAAAAACACCACGACCAUCAACAUUCUGUGCCACGAAAAGCCCUUGGGCAAUUUCUACCAUAUGUAGCACCAUUGUUUGAUUCCAACAUGGUGUAAAUUGCUGCAGAGGCCAUGUGGCCCUCCACUUUUAAAAAAUUGGUUUAAGCAGUGCUUUUAUUCUGGGGGUACUCAAGAGCACACCAUACCAGCACCUUUUUUUAAAAAAAAAAAAGUUUAAAGUGUGGCACUUACUAUAACAACUUCACGGUGAGUACUGGAACCUUCCCCCCCCCCCAAAAAAAAACACAACAACAACGACCCUGGGUUUAAAGGAAGAUUAUUGGAACCCUGAACCCAUUUUCAGGGAUGGGUGGAUUAUAGAGUAUUUUAACCCUAUAUAUUUAUGUGGUGUUUUGUGACAAUUUUGUCGGCUAAAUAAAGGCAGCGCCUUCACAGUGGGGGGAAUAUAAGGUCCCAAAAAAUCCGGAUGUCAGAAAACCUACUCGAAUCUGAAAAGCGCAAAUUCAAAAUAACUACUAUAAACCCUAGAGAAUCGCCGUGUUUUUCACCGGAAGUACCGCUCUAGUAUUUCGAAACUCCAUGCUCCUCCCUUCCGCCUCCAUGCGCCCUUAAUUCUUCGCGCGCCCCCUUCUCUCUGCCCCGCCGCUUCCAUCUUUGUCACUGGCAGCGAGGCGAGCGCAAGCGGAGUAAGGUGAAGCCGGCCAGGAGGCCUCGGUUAGCCAGGAAGUAAGAUGGGGGCUGGAGCGCGAGGGACGAUUGCCGCUCGGUGACUGGCUCGGGCGGGUGGCCGAGAGGCCCCGCCCCUUGGCCCGAGGGCUUCGCCCGGACACCGUGAAGAGAAGCCGAGGAGGCAGAGCCGGAGCGGGGGCGAGCGCGAGGCAGCCUGCUAGGGGGCGCGCUGGGGUAGGGGCCGCUGCCUGGGGCCAGGAAGAGAGUGGCUCCUCAGGGGACGGGACGGCGGACGCCCAACCGCCGCCGGGAGGUGAGUGAGGGGCGCGGGGCGGGGCCUACGAAAAGAGGAGGGGCCUAGGCACCCUCUAUGGGGGGCUCGUGGGGUGGGGGUGCAAGGUGCGUGAUGAAAGCGGGAGCUGAUGUUUAGGGACACCAAGAGCCCCCGAGAUUCGUUUGUAGGAGGGGAGCAGGUAUGUGUGGUGUGUUCAGAGUUGGGGGAAGGGCCCACGAUAUUUUAUUAAUUUAUUUAUACCUCGCUUUUUUCCCCCCGGUGGGACUAAAAACAGAAACAGCUGGCCUCGAGAGGGUGUUGUAUGUAUGUGUGUGUGUGGCCGGGUGCGGUGUCUAUGUUAUAAGGUUUAGGAGAGCGUUGAUUACAAUGGGGAUGGACUCCUAUUGGGGUGAAGAGGUCAUGUGAAGGGGAAAGGGCCAAAGCACCCCAUAGGGAGGAGGUGAUGUUGUUGUUGUUGUGGGGAGUAGGCUUGUUCCUGUGAGGCAGAUUACCGUGGGGGAGGGGGAGAGUGGAGAGGAAAUACAGUGGUACCUCAGGUUACAUACGCUUCAGGUUACAGACUCCGCUAAUGGUGCUUCAGGUUAAGAACUUUGCUUCAGGAUGAGAACAGAAAUCGUGCUCCAGCGGCAUGGCGGCAGCAGGAGGCCCCAUUAGCUAAAGUGAUGCUUCAGGUUAAGAACAGUUUCGGGUUAAGUACGGACCUCCGGAACGAAUUAAGUACUUAACCUGAGGUACCACUGUAGGGGAUGCGGGUGGCGCUGUGGGUAAAACCUCAGUGCCUAGGACUUGCCGAUCGCAUGGUCGGCGGUUCGAAUCCCCGCGGCGGGGUGAGCUCCCAUCUUUCGGUCCCAGCUCCUGCCCACCUAGCAGUUCGAAAGCACUCUUAAGUGCAAGUAGAUAAAUACUUUAUAGCGGGAAGGUAAACGGCAUUUCCAUGUGCUGUGCUGGUGCUGGCUCGCCAGAGCAGCUUCAUCACGCUGGCCACGUGACCUGGAAGUGUCUCCGGACAGCGCUGGCCCCCGGCCUCUUAAGUGAGAUGGGCGCACAACCCUAGAGUCGGACACGACUGGCCCGUACGGGCAGGGGUACCUUUACUUUUACCACUGUAGUAUUUAUUACUAUAAUAAUUUGUUGACCCUAAGUUUCCAGGGCAGGUUACAACUAUUAAAACACAACAUUAAUAUGAAAGCACAACAUUAACAUGCAACAAAAACAUGAAACUUUUUUAAUAUAAAAAACCAGUUCAAAAUUACAAAAGCAAGGUUGGUCAUAAAAAUAUACUGUACAUCUCAAGUGUCAAAAGUAGAAAACACAAAUGCUACAAGGGGCUUGGAAGAAGAGGGGUGGGAAUAGGGAUGUGGGGUGCAGAUUGGGAGCAGGAGAAUGAGGAUUUGGGGCAUAUGAAAAGAGUAUUUGGGGGAGCAGACAGGGGACCAAGGUGGGUUCAUUGGGAACUCUGCACUAGUUUAUGGAGGAGCUAUGAAGCAGACUAGAAUUUGUUGAGCACAUGGGUAGGAGCAUGCUAAAGGUACUAUUGGGGCUCAUAGACUGUGGAGAUGAAAUUAUGUAAGGCUUUGGGUGGGAGGAAGAGGAUAUGAGAAGGAAGCUAGUGCAGUCUUGUAGAUUGUAUAAGGAUAGAAGUUGCUUCUGGAGCACAGGGGUUGCCAACCUUUUGGGGCCCAUUUCAACCAGAGAAACUUGCAGGUACCUCCACGCCUGCAAUCUCCUCUAUUGGCUAUAGUAGAAUAGGUCUUUCAAGGCUGAUUUCAGGGGUGGAGAGAGAAGGGAACCUCCAGGCACCAGAGAAGUCCUCUGAGGUGUCAUGUAUGCCUGUUGGUACUUUGUUGGCAGCCUCAUAGGUGCUGAUAUCAGUUGUCCAUCAAUUUCCCCAGCUUAUUUUUUCACACAACCAUGUGUCUGCUGAAUGGUGACAAACCUUGGUGUUUGUCACCUGAGAGCCCUUUCUUUUUCUCCUAAAUAAGUUUCUAGUUCAUGUAUACAGUGGUACCUUGGGUUAAGUACUUAAUUCGUUCCAGAAGUCCGUUCUUAACCUGAAACUGUUCUUAACCUGAAGCACCACUUUAGCUAAUGGGGCCUCCUGCUGCUGCUGUGCUGCCGCCACGCGAUUUCUGUUCUCAUCCUGAAGCAAAGUUCUUAACCUGAGGCACUAUUUCUGGGUUAGCGGAGUCUGUAACCUGAAGCGUAUGUAACCCGAGGUACCACUGUAUAAAGAGGUGAAAGCGGUGUCAAAGACUUGAGCAUACCUGCCAAACUUACGACCUGCCGAGUGAAACAGACCGCCAGCCAUUUAUGGUGGCACCUUGGAGCCACAGCCAUACUCCUGGUUCUGCUGCCUACCACCAAAUGUGUUGAGAGAGAGAGAGAGAGAGUAAACAACCAUUCCAGGCAACCCACAAUAGGUUGCAAGAGAACUGCAUUGGGCUUGGUGGGUCUCGAAAUAUGUAGAAAUGAGCGCAGGAGCUGAGCGGACAGAUUAGAUAAUAUUUAUGCUAAUUCCACAUACAGCAGUGUGCUGGGGUUGUAUUUCUAUAGCACUCUGCAGAGUGUUAUGUGAAUCUUGGUACUUUUGUCCUGCCUUGUGGAAUUUUGCUUUGUGGCUUGUACUUAUAUACAGUGGUACCUCAGGUUACAUACGCUUCAGGUUACAGACUCUGCUAACCCAGAAAUAGUGCUUCAGGAUAAGAACUUUGCUUCAGGAUGAGAACAGAAAUCGUGCUCUAGUGGUGCUUCAGGUUAAGAACAGUUUCAGGUUAAGAACGGACCUCCGGAACGAAUUAAGUACUUAACCUGAGGUACCACUGUAUUUAGCAUGUGAUCCAACAGUUUGAGAACCUACUCUAGAAUUCACAAUACCUGACUCUCUUCUUCUCAGUUUUUCUGUGUAAUCAUGUGACUCUGCAGACUUGCAAGCCAUGGCCUUGUUCCAUGGUAGGACUUGGUUCCCCCCACUGUGAACUGGGGGUGGUGGAGGGAGAUGUUGAAGUAUGUGCAUUAUAGAAAGGCUCCAGCUACUAACACCACAAUAUUUGUUUCUUGUUUUGGGGAAAGAAACUACGUAAAUGUUAAACUACUUGGCUACUCUAAGUUCCUUUAGCCUUUGCAGAGAUGAGUUCAGAAUUAAAAUUAGCAGUGCCUGCUGCCUUCCCAGUUGUUUGACUUCUUACUGUCCCUCAAGAACUGUGUCAAGUGGGGUGGGCCCUUGCUCAGCUCCUGUUCUGGGCAAGUCCCAGAGCCUUGUCUUUUUUUUUUCUCUGCUAGAGCACAAAAGCCCCAACUUCAUUGGCCAAAGAAUCACGUUUAGAGAGAGUUGCAGCUUUUUAUAAACUUAGGCUUGUUUAUACUGUUGAAGUGAAACAUGUCCCUUAAAAAAACAAACUGGAUUUCUUAGCCCGCUUCUAAUAGAAGAAUUAUAUGCAAAGCAGCAUUCAAAAAAUUAAAUACCAGAAACUAUCAAAAAGGAACUGAAAAUAUCAACAAAUAAAAUGCAACACUAUCUUAAAAAUAAUAAAUGCAGAUGGCUAUAUAUAAGCCAGCAGGCUGUAGAGAAUGGGGAUGGAGAGAAAUGUUUAAGAUAUGGUGAUGGUCACGACCUCAGAUAGCUUUAGAGAGUUAGCCAAGUUCAUAAAGUUCAGCAGAAAGCGAUACUUAAGACUAUUGAGCUCCACUCCAGCUCUUACUUUGUGUAACCACCUACAGGCCAUACCUGUCAGGGGGACCAUGAGCAGGUCCUCUCUUGAUAAGCUUGGAGCAUCUUCUUGGUGGCAAAUACUGAGGAAAGUGUUCCUUUAAAUACUUGAGUCUUGAGCUCUUCAGGGCUUUAAGUACCAGUGGCAUAUUAUCUCUAUGUAUGCCAGUGUGGUGUAGUGGUUAAGAGCGGUGGACUCGUAAUCUGGGGAACCGGGUUCGCAUCUCCGCUCCUCCACAUGCAGCUGCUGGGUGACCUUGGGCCAGUCACACUUCUUUGAAGUCUCUCAGCCCCACUCACCUCACAGAGUGGUUGUUGUGGGGGAGGAAGGGAAAGGAGAAUGUUAGCCGCUUUGAGACUCCUGAAGGGGAGUGAAAGGCGGGAUAUCAAAUCCAAACUCUUCUUCUUCUUCUUCUUCUAUCUUGCUGCCGUGCAUAACGACAUUACAGCUACAUUCUGCAUGAGCUGCAGCUUCCCAAUCAUCUUCAAGAAUAGCCCUGGGGUAUGGAAUCCCUAAAAGCAUCCAGCUGGCCACUGCUGGAUUAGAAAGACUCCCUUCUUAGAGUUUGGCUAAGAAGUGGAUUUCUACCGUGUAGGGGCCACCACUAAGGAGGCUGCGUCUCAGCUGAUUUGUAAACAAAGUGCAAGGCUACAUCAGUGAAUCUUGCAAGGUGGGAAGGAAGAUGUGGGAGAAUAGGGUUUCUGAGUUUGUGGAGGAUUCUGACCAUUUCAGAUGAAUAAGCCAAUAGAUUUUAUUAUCAGCCCUUAUGGCAGCAGUUCUCAACCUGUGGGUCCCCAGAUGGUGUUGGACUACAACUCCCAUCAUCCCUGAGCUCUGGCCUUGCUAGCUAGGGGUGAUGAGAGUUGUAGUUCAACAACAUCUGGGGACCCACAGGUUGAGAAAGGCUACCGUAUGGUCUUGUGUGCAUCUUAUGUCUUAACCUCUGUGUUGCUCUGCUUACACCUCCCAAGUGCUGCCCACAGAGGCCAGGUCUCACUUAAAAUGUAUUGACACAAGUUAUUGGUCUACAGUAUUUGCUAGCUGCUGGUCCACAAUUUACAUUUGCAAUUUUGGAAGAGCAGGUUAGUAAAAAAAAACCCAACAAAAACAACCUAAUAACCUGAAGACUUAUUUGCAAGUUUGCCAUAUUUUGCGCUACAAAUGACGGUUAGGCUAGCCUUCAUCUGCAGCAGGUGGAAGAGAGUGUGUGUGUUGGGGGUGUAUUUUAAAGCUGCCUGAAAAUAGAAAAUCAGCAGAGUAGGGAAAAGGCCUUGGUUGAACUAGAACCUAUUACCUGGUGACUUAAUUAAUUUCCUAUUUUCAGGGAGCAUUUUCCAUCCCAUUUGGUCGCAGCAGAGGGAGAGAUAAGAAGCCAGGCGUCCAUCAGCCCUGCUGUGGAGGAUCUAAUUCCACUUGACACCUCUUCACUUUUUUCAUUCCAGAAUCAUCAAACUGGAAGGGGCUCAAAGGUCAACCCCUGCCAAUGAAGGAACUUAGUAACUUUAAGAGCUUUUGCUGGAGCUGGGGAGGACCUUGAGCCUUGGCAAGCCUAUCAAAAUAGAUCGUAAUGGGCUAAUUGGACGUUGAUCUGGCUUGGCAUAAGCCAGCUUCUUGCAUUCCUAUGCACACAGCUAUAAAUGACUGAAUAGGACACAUUUUCUUGGUUAGAGAUGUGAAGGAGAGGAGCACGAUGGUCAAAGAAAAAUGUGACUUGAGGAAGCUCCCUCUUCCAUCCGCAGAAAGUCCAACUUUGCCCUGUGGAUGGACUUUGGUCUGUGCAGCUGAGAUGGAAUGUAGAACUGAAUAUCAGAAUGGGGUCGGGGUUGCUUCUGCAGAUUUCUGAGAAUUUCAGCUGUCAUUUAAAAUCAGGUUUCUAGUCUUCAGGAUUGUAGAGCAAAACUUACAAUAUUUUAGGUUUUGCAAAGGCAUAAAUGGUAGAGAGCAUAUCAUCUACACUGGGGUGAGAUUCUUGCCAUGCUGGUGACCAUGUUAUCCCUUCGCCAUAGCUCUCUUCUCUGCCUUACCUCCAUCCCCUGUUAACACAUAGUGCUUAUUAUGAAAUAUAAUCUGUUCUCUUUACUUUACAGAAGGUUGGUGUCAGGAAGGGAAGAACUCUGACAGUUUGGCAAUAG